UUUUAAUAAGAUACGCCUGAAAAGAGAGAUGCAAGAAGCAGAAAUCCCAGAAACCCUAAUCGCGGUGGAGGAAGAAGCAGAAGAAGGACGAUUCUUCGCAUGCUAUCUGUUGAGCUCUCGCAGCCCCCGCUACAAAGGCCACGCCUAUAUUGGUUUGAAUGGGCCUGGCAGCACCCAACUGUAUCGAAGGCGGUUAGGCAGGCUGCUGCAAGCUUUAAAUCACUGGGAGGGCUUGUCCGUAAGAUCAAACUUGCAUACACCAUCCUCACUCCCCCUCCUUGGCAGAGCUUGAAAAUCACUGUAAACUUCUUUUCAACCCAGUACACCAAACAUUCUGCUGGUUGUCCACCCCUUCCGGAACAGAUGAAGGUCAAAGUCUGCUCUAUGGAUGAGCUUCCUUCCUGUACUAAACCGUCUGAUGACCUUUUGGAAAAUGAAGAUGAGUGGUGUCAUGAAAGGGAAUGUGAUGAAGAUAUGAAUUCCAGUACGCUACCCGAAGAAACAUUAUUGGACUUCAGGACUCAUAAUUCAGCAGAUGAUCAGCAGAGUGAUAGUGGCAUUAGAAUGAAUGAAUGAAGUACAUGGAUGCAGUAAGGAAGUAGGAGAAGAUGAGUGCUAUAAUGGAAAAGAAUGUGAUGAAGCUAUGAAAGAUGGUACAUGACGGAAGAAACAUUAUCAGAUCUUAUAGUUCAAAGUUCAGCAGAUGAUCAGCAGGAUGAUACUGGCAAGAUAAUUAACGAAGCAUAUGGAUGCAGUGAAGUAGUAGGAGAGGAUUGUACAGAUCAAUUUGGUUUUAUGGCAUCGCCAGUGAGAAUGCCAUCUUCAAAUGGCACUACCUCAUUUGACACAGAAGUAACUAAAGAUAUAGGUUUGUGUGGAUCUUCUGAUGACAUGAGUGUUGAUUUGGGCCGACCUGCAAGGGAACAAUCGACAGCUAUAGUUGCAGAUGAUGAUCAGUCUCCCAGCAGAAGCUAUCUCCGGCCUUGUGGAGCUGAGGUAAUAGAUUUGACAACCCAUCCCCUAUGCAGAAGCCAUUUAAUAUGUUUGAUGAUUUUAUGGUUUGGUCGAAUAAUUUAGAGGAAUUUGUAAUAUAUAGUAAUAGCCUUCUGGUUCAAGUCUUACAGUUUGAAUGAAAUAAAAGAUCUUUUUUACUCACUUCAA